ACCGUCACGCCCUAGAAUCGGAGGAUCGAUUGUUUAAAAAUCAGACACCGUUUAAAGAACUAGUAUUGAAUGUGUGAGGGGGAGAAUACAUCCAAAACGAAUAAUUCAUCAGUUGUUUAAUUUACUUAGUUGGUGUAGCCACAGAGUAAAGAAACAUCACCAUCCAUAUACAAAAUGUUAAAUGCAAUCAGGACUGAUCUGCAUUUAUUACUUGAGUGUCUGAAGUACCAGAUGAAAUGUCCAGACUCUCAGAAACAAGCUCUACUUACCAUCAUGUCAAUCUGCCAACAGAAUGUCAAACAGAUGACAAUGUGGAGUUCCUCAAGGAGAUUGGAGGUGUGACAUUCAUCUAUAACCUCUCCAGGGCGAGCAGUUAUCCUGUGGUUAAAGAGACAGCCCUUUUUACACUCAGUGCCCUGGCUGAAUUUAAUGAGAGUUGUAGACAGACACUGUGUAAAGAGGAGUUUUUCCACAGCCUGGCAGAAUGCAUAAAACAGGAAAAGUUUCCUAUACAGAGGAGAGUAGCCGUUUACAUGCUUUCUGUACUGGUUUCCAACAACAGACAAGGGCAGAGUCUUGCAAAGGCGUCUGGGUGUAUUGAUAUUCUGCUCGACUUAUUUAGGAAUUGUUACCCAGAGGAUGGUAGGCCUAAGGAGUUGCUGCAGCUGUGGACUUCAGUGUCCAGUGCUCUCUGUGGCUGCGUCAACAACCCACAAAACGAAGAAAACCAGCGUGCAUGCAUGUGUGUAUUUCCCCUGCUCAAAACGUGGCUGCUGCAGCUCUCAGUGUCCAGGGCAGAGCUGGCACAGCCUAUCUGCUCAUUCAUUGGCAUGACGGUGGCCAACAACACAUGUGCACAGGAGGUUUUUACAUCAGUUGGAGGACUUGUCACACUUUCAGACACGUUGGCCAGUGUGGUUGUCCAGUGCAAUGAUAAUGCUGCAGCCUGUAAGCUUGCUGCAAUGAUUACCAAAACAGUAUCUGCCUGCAUUGCUGACAAUGAGGCUAUAGCACCUGUUCUGUCCGAGCUGAGGUUGGUUCCAGACCUCCUGCUGUUGCUCUCCAGCCCAAACCUCAGUGUGCAGGAUAGGCUGGCUGUGGUGUUGACCCUAGGUCACUGCACUGAUGCAUGUGUGGAGCAUCAGUCGCAGCUUUUGCUGGGUGGAGGACUGCCUCUGAUGAUUUCUUUGCUGACUGAAGCCAAUGAUGAUGAAGUCAGAAAGGCAGCUACUUUUGUAUUGCAAACAUGUAUAAAGAUCACUGAAUCAAUAUCAAGUCAGAAAGUGGAGUGUGACUUGCAGAGUCACAGACAGUCUGCCCAAGAAAUACUACAGAGAAUUCAGCACUUAGAACGUCAACAGCUGACAGGGACAGAUCAGUUGGUAACAGAUUUUGAAAACUGCCCUGAUCAAAGUACACACCCACCUCUCUGGAGAUCGACUUGGCCUGUUGAAUGCAGUGUAGAACUAAUGGAUGACUCUGAAGUGCAAAAGGCCAGAAGUCAUAGUCCGAUGUAUAAGGAGGAGUCAGACAAAGAAAACACUCUGCAUUACUCCACAACCCCUACACAACCUCCAGCUCAGCCAAUCCCAGCCCAAAGCCAUGACUCAAUGCAGCAUGUUCGAAGACAGAUUGUUAGAGACUUUGAUAAAUCAGUCCAUUUUUCCCAACUAAAAGUCAAGGAACUUCAACAGAAAGAGGCUGUGAAAGAGGUGGUAACAGAAAAUAAGUUACAAAUGAGAAACAACAGUGAAAGAAAACAGAAGGAGCUGGAGCAAACAGAAAGAAACAAAGUAGUGAAGAUGAGAAGACAGCUCAACAGAACUGAAGAGACAGAUAACAGGGAUAAUAAAGACUCAGACAAUGCUGCACAGGACAGGAAAAUCAACAGCCCAGAUAUUUUUAAGCAUCCUGCUCCUAUGAAGAGACGCCUGAGAAGAUCUCUUUCUGAAGAUGAGCUGUCUUUGUGCUCCGAGCUGUUGGAUAGUGAGAUUGAGAGGAUCCUUAUCACUCCAGUUGUUUACAAACCCAACAAACUGCGCUGUGCAGGUUGUGUUAGUGGAGUGGAUGAGGUGAACAGUCGUUCAGUGGCUGCUGUACUGCACAGCUGCAAAAACCUAUGUGAGUUCCACCUGGUGCUGCAGCAAGCUGAAGAACGCCUCAAAAGACAUCUACAACAGGAGAGAUCCAUGUACACCUACUGUCAUGCCAACACACAUAGUUGCAGUGAUCUGUGCGCUUAUGAAAAUGUCUCCAGACAAACUACCAGUAAAGAGAGGAAGGAGAAGAAGGAUAAACUAAACAGGUCAAACCACUUGAAAGCUAUAAGUUUGAUAAGUCUCACUCCACUGAAGACACCAUGUGAUGCAGAGGGCUCAACCAGCAUGAAGAACAGAAAUGUUUGCAGCCUCCCAAGGCCAGCCCUCAAUGAUGCCAAACAGAAUUCCCCAAGCAAACAGAGAGAAAGGAAGGACUAUUCAGCAGAUGAACUGGUCUUCCUUAGUGAGGGGGUGAAACGGUUUGGUCACUCCUGGAACUCUAUACUAUGGGCGUAUCCCUUUCAGCCUGGACGAACCAACGUAGACCUGGCCAAGAGAUACAGAAAGCUACAGCAAGACUACAGCUCAAGCACCAGACCUUCUAACAUCUGAAUCUGCUAAACAAGUGUUUGAACUAAAUCUGUGCUGUUAAUGUGUAGACUUUUAACCCUUUGAGAAUGUAAUUUACAAAUACCUAUAAAGCUGAUUGUUGAAUGUUUUAGUUUGUGCUGUGUAAAUUGUUAAAUAUUAAAUUCACAGUGUAGGAAAAACUAAAUGUAUUUUAAUUUAAUUAUUUUAAUUGUUGAAAAUGUAAGGAAAUUACAAUAAAUUAAAAAUUUGUGUUUGUGUGA